GGCUCGCAGGGCGCUGGAGAGGCAGAGCGCAGCCGCUCAGUCCGGGUCAGUGCAACAGCAUCACCGCAUGAAUGACAGCGCACUUGAACGACGCAGGGAAACAUUUCUGCACGCCACAGGAGCCGUACGAGGGUUUCGUCCGUUUGAGCUGGAUUUACAGCACAACACCUCACUUCUCGUCACGGGUAGAACCGCAGCACGCAGCCACCUGAGCGUAGCAUGUCAGCGUAAUGUUACAGCCUCCAUCUUCGCUGUGAUAAAGAAACCAUGAAGAGAUGACCGGCUUGUAGAGCUCACAGCAGAGGAGCUGACGGUAAAUGAGAGGCCGUCACCAUGCCCCCGGGGAAGUAUGGGAUGCAGGAGGAAUGGGAGAAGGAGGGGGACCAGGGGAUCGUGAUGGACUUCCUGCUGCCUACUGGGAUCUUCCUCAAAUUCCCUGUGUCUCGAAAUGACACCAUCAAAAGCAUCAAAAAAAUGGUUUGGAAAAAUGCCAGAAGCGAGGCCCUGUUCAGUGCACUGGGUGACCCCGACGCAUACGUCUUCACCUGCAUUAACCAGACAGCAGAGAGGGAGGAACUGGAAGAGGAAUCGAGGCGCAUAAGCGAUGUGCGACCCUUCAUGUGUGUUCUGAGGCUGGUGGCGAGGGAGGGCGACCGAGUGGAGAAACUCACCAACACCCAGAUUAGCCUGUUAAUUGGCAAAGGGCUGCAUGAGUUUGAGGCCCAGAAAAACCACGAGGUGAAUGAGUUUCGGACUAAGAUGCGUACAUUUUGCGAGGAGAAGGCUCAGCAGCGGCAGAUGUUGCCAUGGCAACAGUGGAUGGAAUACAGCUUCCCAUGUAACCUGGAGCCAUGCUGCUCUCCGCCGGAGUGUGCGAAUGUGAAGUCAAGAAACACAAAGAUUUUCAUCAACGUCAAGUUUGAGGCUUGUGAAGAAAGCUUCAUGCUGCAGCAGGACCCUCAGGACCUCCCAGUGGCUCUGAUGAGGAGCGCCCUAAAGAAGAAGGCGACCGUCUUUCGCUCAGUGCGGCAGGAGCCCGAGGACUACACCUUGCAGGUCAAUGGGAGGUGGGAGUUCAUCUAUGGGAAACACCCCUUGUGCCAAUUCAAAUACAUCUUCUCUUGUUUGAGAAAUGGCCAAAAGCCUCAUCUAACCAUGGUGCAGCACUCCACCAUCCGCAAAUAUCAGGAGGAGCAGGGCCGAAUGUGCAGCCAGGUAUACAAGAGUCGCUCCUUGUCCAGACCUCCUCCACUACCACUGAAGAAGCAGAAUACCUCCUCUUUGUGGUCCAUCAAUGAGCCUUUUCACAUUCACCUGCUGCAGGGCAGCCGAGUCAAUGCAGAUGAAGGAAUGAAGCUUGUGGUACAGGCUGGUCUGUUCCAUGGCAGUGAACUGCUCUGCAAGGUGGUGACAAGCUCUGAGGUGACAGUGUGCUCUGAGCCACUGUGGGAUCAAAAGCUCGAGUUUGACAUAAAUGUGGCUGACCUGCCUCGCAUGAGCCGUCUGUGCUUCGCUCUCUAUGCUGUCAUUGAGAAAGCCAAGAAACCCAGAGGCACCAAAAAGAAGAAUAAGAAAGCGGACUGUCCGAUAGCCUGGGUCAACACCAUGGUGUUUGACUAUAAAGACCAGCUGAAGACUGGGGACUUCCUCUUGUCGACUUGGCCAUCUGUUCCUGAUGACAAAGGUGACCUGUUGAACCCAAUGGGAACAGUCGAGAAGAACCCCAAUGUGGACAGUGCUGCUGGACUUCUCAUUCGCUUCCCCAACAUCCGGCCACAUCCACUCUACUACCCUCCACUUGACAAGAUAAGUGACAUGGAGAGGAAUGGAGAUGCAUCUAUUGCCACUAAGGAAGAGUACAUGAAACUUAAAGAAAUCAUGGACAACAAAAACUACACCGAGUUUUUUGAGGAUGAGAAGGAACUCUUGUGGAAGCUUCGUGCAGAAGUUCGCAACCGUUAUCCUGAAAGUUUGUCCAAGAUCCUCCUCAUCACCAAGUGGAAUAAGCGUGAGGAUGUAGUUCAGAUGGUGAGUUUACUGAGGAACUGGCCAGACCUCCCUGCCAUCCAUGCCUUGGAGCUCUUAGACUACAGUUUUCCUGACCCAGUGGUCCGUUCUUUCACUAUCAAAUGCCUAAGGAAGCUCAGUGAUGAUGAUCUGCUACAAUACUUAAUCCAACUGGUCCAAGUCUUAAAGUAUGAGUCCUAUCUGGACUGUGACCUCACUACUUUCCUGCUAGAGAGGGCUUUGUCCAACAGGAGGAUAGGGCACUUUCUAUUUUGGCAUCUCAGAUCAGAGAUUCAUGUGGCAUCUGUGAGUUUACGUUUUGGCCUGAUUUUGGAGGCCUACUGCAGGGGAAACAUCCACCACAUCAAGCUCUUAACCAAACAGAAUGAGGCUCUGGGAAAAAUGAAGGCCCUGAGUGACCUUGUGAAGUCGGGCUCUCAGAAGACAACAGUGGAUGACCUGAAGCUGUGUAUCAGACAGGAGUCCUACCUGGAGGCCCUGUCAGACCUGCUGUCACCACUCAACCCCAGCAUCAUCCUUGCUGAGAUCUGUGCAGAUAAGUGCAGGUUCAUGGACUCCAAGAUGAAGCCACUCUGGCUGAUGUAUAAGAACCCCGGGACUCAGGGAGACAUGAUGGGCAUCAUCUUUAAGAAUGGAGAUGAUCUUCGACAAGACAUGUUGACCCUUCAGAUGAUCUGGCUCAUGGAGAAUUUAUGGAAGAAAGAAGGUCUGGAUCUCAGGAUGAUCCCAUAUGGCUGCUUGUCCACUGGGAACAAGACGGGGCUCAUUGAAGUUGUGAAGGGCUCAGACACCAUCGCUAAUAUUCAGCGUAACAGCAGCAACAGUGCUGCCACCGCUGCCUUCAACAAGGACGCCCUGCUCAACUGGCUGAAAUCUAAGAAUCCUGAGGACAAACUUGAUCAAGCAAUAGAAGAGUUCACGCUGUCUUGUGCUGGCUACUGUGUAGCUACUUAUGUCUUGGGCAUUGGAGAUCGUCACAACGACAAUAUCAUGAUCAGGGAAACUGGACAGCUCUUCCACAUUGACUUUGGGCAUUUUCUGGGCAACUUCAAGCGGAAACUAGGGAUCAACAGGGAGCGUGUGCCUUUUAUCUUGACUUAUGACUUUGUCCAUGUGAUCCAGCAAGGACGAACAAACAACAGUGAGAAGUUUGAGAGGUUCAGGGAGUACUGUGAGCGGGCCUACAAGAUCCUGUGUCGGAACGGGACACUGUUCGUCAACCUCUUUGCUAUGAUGAAGGCAGCAGGACUGCCAGAACUCACGUCCAGCAAAGACAUCCAGUAUCUAAAGGACUCUUUAGCUUUGGGGAAAUCAGAGGAAGAGGCACUGAAGAAUUUCAAAGUAAAGUUCAACGAAGCUCUGCGGGAAAGCUGGAAGACAAAGGUCAACUGGAUGAUGCACUCCUUGGCCAAAGAUAAUAGACCAUGAAGAACACUGCACCAAGGGAAGAUAAAGAUCCACGAAAAACGAAUGGAUUUUAACUGUAAUUAACUUAAUUAUGAAGUUAAAAGGGAAGCAAACACAAUCAAAUAUUUUACUUUAUUAAUGGCAUUCAACAAAUGUUUACAUCUGACUGGCCUGCCUGUGGUACAUAAUGACUAAGUGGAGGCAUCCAAAGACAAAGAUAUAAUCACGGAACAUAAUUUCAACACACAGUCAAACAACGGAAUGCCUUUGCCUUGAGGGACAUAUCAACAGUUAUGAAUUGCGCUAUAUACACAAACACACACACACACACAUACAUCUAUAUAUAUAGAUGUAUAUGUGUGCAUGUGUAUGUGUUAAAAUUGCUACUUGAAAAUCACCUGCUCAUGCUAAAGUGUCAUGAAUCACUGAAACAGAAGCAGAGACUGAAAGUUCAUCUCACCCACUGCAUUACUCAGCAGGGCGCAAACUGCAAACAAACUUUAUGAUGACUUUAGAUGACACCUUUCAGAAACGGUGUACAAUAACAGAGCGUCAGUUUCACCUCAAGUGUUUUGUAAGGUUUACAACCCUCGAUGGCUGUGUAAUUUCCUUUUAUUUCAACUGCCUCUUUGCAAUUGUGUCUUGUUCUUUUGUGUAUUGUAUUUAAUUUGCUAACUCUGAAGUGCUUGUACAAAGCCAUGAAGGAUAUUUUAAAAAGAUGUGUUUUAUUGCUUUAUCACUUGUUGAUGUGUAAUAUUGCCUUGAAGUACAGUAUGUUGCCUUUGUAGUGCCAGUAGACACACAGCAUUGUAAUAUUUACAAAAUACUGUAAGAUGAAAAAAUAACUUUAAAUGGGUCCUUUAUGUUGAUAACAUCCCUGUGUACCAGGCUGUGUCACCCGGCAGACUCUUACCAUACAUACAUCUUAAAGGAAUGAUUUGACAUUUUGGUUAAAAACUUUCAUUUGUUUUCUUACUGAGUGUUAGAUGAGAUUUUCAAUAUUACUCUCAGAAAAUCUGUCUGUUUCAUGUGACAAUGGAGCCAACAUCCUUCAGCUUAGCUUAGCACAAAGACAAGAAACGGGGAAACAGCUAGUCUAGUAGCACCUUUAAUUAUCACAUUAUAUGCUGUUUGUUUAAUCUGUGGAAAAACUAAAGUGCAAAAGUUGUAGUUUUAAAAGGUUAUGUGCUGAGCAGUUAUAUUAGAAGUGCUGUUUAGUGGACUGUUUUUACCUUUGGAGCCAGGCUAGCAGUUCCAGUCUAAGCAAACCUAACUGCCUCCUGGCCCAGACAGAUAUGAGAGUGGUGUCACACUUCUCAUCUAACUUUGCUAGUGACAACUGUCACUAGCAAAUGAAAAAAAAAUAAUCUCAGGCGCUUGGCAAAGAUAUCCCAUAGAUGUCUGGUACUGAUCAGACAAAAUAAUGAAUAAAUGAGGCAUUAAGACCCAAAUAAGUCAACAAUCUGUUGACUCAUAUAAGCCAUAGACUUGUGGUUGCGUUUCUCAGAAUGUGGUUCUGUGCACAUGGUCCUUUUUUUAAAGUAUAAAUGUGGAACAUGUACUAUCUCAGAUGAUGAAGCCUUUAUGUCUUUGUUUUUUUUUUCUUCUGAUAUUUAAGUUAUACACUGUGUCAUUUCCAUUGCAUUUUUGAACUGAUGUGCCAGGUGCCAUGAAAGAGAUUUAAUGCUCAUAGUGUCAAACACCUCUAGACGUUGAUAUAUCUAAUGCUGUGCAAAAUGGUGUUUGCCCUGUUAAGAACAUGUGUUCUAUAUGACUUCAUUUCAUGUUGCGCUCAGAUUAUUUUACAUGCCAUAUAUCUUGCUGUCAAGGGAGAUGAUGUGCUUCUCACAGCCUUUUAUUAUUUUGCAUAACAUGAAAUGAGCUCUACUGUUUGUAUGAGAUUCUGUACGAUGGUGACUUUUACAGAAGAGCAAGAGUAGCUGUAGAUUACACAGCGAGAAGAUUUAAAAGCUAAUGAAAUAUUUAUUAUGGAAUAGACUUUAAAUAUGGGUCAUCAGUGUCCCAUAGUAUGGGCUCAGCUAAAUACUGCUGCUUUAAGCUGUUUUGAACCAGGAGUGACUCUGUUUAGUUGAUGAGCUACUUUUGCAAAUUGUAAAAUGUACUACUUUUGAAUUGCUUGUAAUUCAUGAAUUCUGUCAAAUGGUACAAAUCUUUAAAGAUUCAGGCCUUGUUUUCAGUGUGCAGCUAAAACAGAUGACUGACCUGUCCACUAUUUGCAUCCUGUUAUUUACAUUUUCCUUAUUUGCUGUUAGGAGGGAAACACACAAUCGAUAAACAGUUUGCAACAGCAGAACGCACUGAGGCUUUCUAGGAUCCAGGAUGGGAAAUUAGCCUGAGACAUCAGUCAAAUUUUGGCUAAAUAAAAUAAUGAUUUACUAUUGAUGAAUUUGAACUUUUAUAUUUGAACUGAUAGAUGUUGUUGUUUUAAAAAAUGAAUUUUAAUUUAAUUAAUCAGCCUAAAUCCAUGCCAUAUCUUGGCUUUAUUUUCUACUUUUUGCAGAUUAAAAAAACAGCUGCUCGUGCAUGAAGACCA